AGUUGCACCAGCACAGUACGAUUACUUUCAGUUUUGUUUCUCUUUGUAGGUAGUCAACAGCUGGCGGUAGCGGGAUUUCGGGGCUCCCCGGUCCUGCUGGGAGAAUCCAAGAACAGCUCUGGCUGGGCUCAGCACUUCCUACAGCGUUAGCAUGUUUACAUUUGGUGAGUGUCUGUAAAGAGAACAAAGUGGAAGAAAGAAGCCCUUCCCCUGGUAUCCAGUGCCUCCCACAGCCAGAACUUCCCAAACAUCCAGCAUGAACUCCAAAAUCUCCUCCCCAACUCUGCUGGAAGCUCUGAGCAGCGAUUUCCUAGCCUGUAAAAUCUGCCUGGAGCAGUUACACACGCCCAAGACUCUGCCAUGCCUACAUACCUAUUGCCAGGACUGUUUGGCCCAACUGGACAUCGGUGGUCAGGUCCGCUGCCCCGAGUGUCGGGAGAUUGUGUCUGUACCCCCCGAAGGGGUGGCCGCCUUUAAGACCAACUUCUUUGUCAAUGGGCUCUUGGAUCUUGUCAAGGCCAGAGCUCCUGGAGACGUCCAUUCAGGGAAGCCGACUUGCGCUCUGUGCCCUCUGGUGGGAGGCAAGAGCUCUGGGGAACCCGCCACAGCCAGGUGCCUGGACUGCGCGGACGACUUAUGCCAGGCCUGUGCCGACGGGCAUCGCUGCUCCCGGCAGACCCAUAAGCACCGUGUCGUUGACUUGGUGGGUUACAGAGCCGGGUGGUAUGAUGAAGAGGCUCGAGAGCGCCAGGCAUCCCAGUGUCCCCAGCACCCAGGGGAAGCCCUCUGCUUCCUCUGUCAACCUUGUUCUCAGUUGCUCUGCAAGGAUUGCCGCCUGGGUCCCCAUAUUGAUCACCCCUGCUUGCCCCUGGCGGAAGCAGUGCGUUCCAGGAAGCCAGGCCUUGAGGAGUUAUUGGCAGGCGUGGACAGCAAUCUGGUGGAGCUGGAGGCCACUCGGGUGGCAGAAAAGGAAGCCCUGGCCUUGCUUCGGGAGCAGGCAGCCAGUGUGGGGACUCAGGUGGAGGAGGCAGCUGAACGAAUCCUCAGGUCCCUGCUGGCCCAGAAGCAGGAAGUUCUGGGACAACUCCGGGCCCUUGUGGAGGCUGCGGAGGAGGCUACCAAGGAGAGACUGACCAAGAUAGAGCGCCAGGAGCAGGUGGCCAAGGCGGCGGCUGCCUUUGCCCGUCGAGUGCUCAGCUUGGGUCUAGAGGCCGAGAUCCUUUCGCUGGAGGGAGCAAUCACACAGCGCCUGCGCCAGCUUCAGGACUCUCCCUGGACCUCUGGGCCCACCCGCUGCGCGCUGCCCCAGCUGGAGCUCCAUCCCGGCCUGGAGGACAAGAACUGCCACCUGCUCCGACUCAUCUUUGAGGAGCCCAAACAAUCCCCGAAGGACAGCGGGAAGGGUGGAGCCGGUACCCAAGGAGGGGAUGAAGCCCAAGGCCAAGGGGGAGAUAGAACCAAGAUAGGGAAGCAGGGUGGAGCCCAGCCCCUGACUCCCAAAGAAGGCAAAGUCCAGAACCUCCAAGAAGAUGACGAGGUCCUCAUCGAAAGGGGUAACAGGCCUAACAAGAAGAAAAAAUGCAAAGGCAGAGGCAAGUCUGUUUCUCGGGAGCCCAGCCCCAUCCUGAGGCCAAACCUAGAAAGUUCCGGCCUCCUCCCUCGUCCUGUCUUUUCCUGGAGCUUCCCCACGAGGAUGCCCGGGGACAAGCGCUCCCCUCGCAUCACUGGACUCUGUCCCUACGGCCCCCAGGAAAUCUUGGUGGCAGAUGAGCAGAACAGGGUCUUGAAACGCUUCUCCCUCAAUGGGGACUACAAAGGCACAGUGCCGGCCCCCGAGGGCUGCUCCCCGUGCAGCGUGGCCGCCCUGCAGAACGCAGUGGCUUUCUCUGCCAACGCAAGACUCUAUCUUGUCAGUCCUGACGGAGAAGUUCAGUGGCGCAGGUCCCUGAGCCUCACCCAGUCCAGCCACGCCGUGGCCGCAAUGCCGUGUGGAGACCGCGUGGCUGUCAGUGUGGCAGGUCAUGUGGAGGUAUACAAGAAAGACGGGAGCCUGGCCACCCGCUUUAUCCCCGGAGGCAAGGCUAGCCGGGGCCAGCGGGCACUGGUGUUCCUAACCACCAGCCCCCAGGGCAAUUUUGUGGGGUCAGAUUGGCAGCAGAAUAGCGUGGUUUUCUGUGAUGGGCUGGGUCAGGUGAUCUGGGAAUACAAGGGCCCCGGGUUGCAUGGCUGCCAGCCAGGUUCUGUGUCUGUGGAUAAGAAGGGCUACAUAUUUCUGACCCUUCGAGAGGUGAACAAGGUGGUGAUCCUGGAUCCCAAGGGGUCACUUCUUGGUGACUUCCUAACAGCAUACCAUGGCCUGGAAAAGCCCCGGGUAACCACCAUGGUAGACGGCAAGUACUUGGUGGUGUCACUUAGCAAUGGGACCAUCCAUGUCUUUAGGGUCAGGUUUCCUGAAAGUUAAAGCGGCUUUCAGCA